AUGUCGAUGAUGAAGAGCUCGCUACGGUUGGUCCAAUCGCUUGGUGUGGUGGCAAGACGCACUAAUAAUGGAGCAAGAUCUGUGGGAUUUGCAGGCUCGAGAUGGAUGAGUGAUGAUGCGGCUGCCACUUCCGACGACAGAAUCCAUUCCACAGACAUUGCAUUCAAGCCGGCCGAAAGUGGGUGGGGAGGUACCAGGAAAUACUCCUCCAAUUUCGACAAAAUCUUUGGAAACAAGAAUCAAGCACAAGGGAAUGACGCUACCGGUCCCACCGCCACGGACAGUAGCACCUCAGGGAAUUAA